AGGACAGAAAGCAAUUCAAAGACGUUGUCCAGGCAGAGCUCUCUAGCCAGCUAGUAGUUAUUUACUAGUCGAUCGAUCUCCAGCAGAUUCAUUUUCUCCAUAUAUGGUACAGCUAGAUAGCUCUAGCUAGUACAUAUACAUACACUUCGAUUCUUCAGUUCUUCAAUUCUCGUGUGUGUGUGUGUGUGUUAUUGAAACAUUCACCAUAUGCAUAUGAACAGCUUGGGAUAUACAGUGGUGAGGAGCUAUAUAGAUCUUAACAAUUUGCUAGCAGCUGCUGGAAACUUGGGAAGCUAUGGAUGCAGCAAAGAAAUGGGGUUUCGCUGUUACCUUGAUAUUCAUCAUGUUUGCAGUAUUGCGUCUGACUCUUCUGGUCCUCAGAGAUCCUAAUGAAUCUUGGAAACUUAUGGACACAGUCCUAGGCGUAUUAGGAAUAGUUGACUCAGAGGAGUCUUCAGGAGGCUACAAGAUUGAUAAAGAGGACCUUUCAGUAAGUCUCAACUUAACAAGUUGUCACUCAUCUUAUGGAAGGCCAGAUCUUCUUGUCUAUUGUUGUCCUCCAAGAAGUAUAGCAGAAGAACCCGUCAUUGAUUUUCAAUUUCCAGAUCCUUCAACCCCUCUAAGAAUUCGGAGGCCAGCACACCGUGUUGGUCGUGGCUUCAUUGCCAAGUACAAAAAGGCUCUCUUGAUCAUGAAGUCACUUCCCUACAGUGACCCUCGGAGUUUUCGUCGUCAAGCUGAUAUGCAUUGCAUCUUCUGCACUGGUGCUUAUGACCAGCCACAUUCCCACCGCCCUCUCGACAUCCAUCGGAAAUGGUUCUUUUUCCCAUGGCACCGGAUGCUGCUUCACUUCCACGAACGCAUCGUCGGAAGCCUAAUUGGUGAUGACACAUUUGCUCUGCCAUUUUGGAAUUGGGACUCCCCUGAUGGAAUGGCAAUGCCUGAAUGGUACAUGCAUUCACCUUUUUCCGACAAUCAGCGGGACGUUUCUCACUUUCCACCAAAAGUUAGUGAUUUAAACUACGAUUACGAGAAGACCGAUGAGAAUAUGGAAAACAAAGAGCGGAUGCACUUGAACAUGGUGUUCAUGUAUAACCAGAUGGUGUCUGGAGCAAAGAAGCCAGAGCUGUUCAUGGGGUGCCCUUAUAAGAAUAGUGAGGAGGGUGCUUGUGAUGGCCCUGGUACAAUAGAGAAUGCUCCUCACAACACAAUGCAUACAUGGGUUGGUAGCAAUUUCAAUGUCAGGAGGGAAGACAUGGGAGCAUUUUAUUCUGCAGCUAGGGACCCUAGUUUCUAUGCACACCACUCGAACUUGGACCGACUUUGGGAGGUUUGGAAGCAAAUUCACAAGGUCGACUUGCAAACAUUUGAUCCUGAUUGGCUCAACUCUAGUUUCUAUUUCCAUGAUGAAAAUUCACAGCUUGUGAGAAUCAAAGUUCGUGAUGUUUUGGAUACUAAAAAGCUGAGGUAUGUUUAUGAGGAGGUUGAUCUUCCAUGGCUGAAUACGCGUCCAAAGCCCAACUCUAUUCCAUCCAAAAUUUCCAACCAUGCACUGAAAAUAAGAGAAAACAGAACCAUUUUGUCUGCAGAAUUAGGACCAGGUGGUCGGAAUCUUGAGAGCUCCAUAACAGUGAAGGUGGGCAGGUCUAAAUUUAACAGAAGAAAGCAAGAGAAAGAUGAGGAGGAAGAGAUUUUGGUUGUUCAUGGAAUUGCUGUGAGAAUUGAUGAGUAUGUUAAGUUUGAUGUGUAUAUAAAUGUAGUCGAUGAGAGCAAAAUCGAGCCGGGUUUCAGGGAAUUUGCCGGAACCUUUGUUCACAUACCUCAUGGAAAGAUGGAUGAUGACAGAAAGACCAAUCUGAAGUUUGGUAUUUCAGAAGUGCUUGAGGAUUUGGAGGCAGAUAGAGAUGAGAGCAUUUGGGUGACAUUGCUACCCAUGACGAAGUCAUGCACUAACACAACAAUUGAUGGGAUUCGGAUUGAAUACAUGAGAUGAUUGAUGCAAAAUAUGACAGAAGUUUUGGCCUUGCACCAGUUACUAUAUUCAUUUUGCAUUGUGUGAUAUAGACAAACAAAUUUAUUGGGUACUUGAUCUUUUAUUCUUAGAAUUUA